GCGCAGUUGUUUACGGUCUGGGAACGCCCACAUCCUGGUACUGCUUGUCUCACGUGUUCAAACAAGCGGAACAGAGAAAGUCUCUUCAUAUGAAAUGAACAGUGAUCCUCCAACUGUAGCUUUGGAAUUGAGUCAAGACCAAUGGCAGGCUGUCUGACAGAGUUGAUCACAGCAUGUUCCAACAUCACACUGUCCGUCUCGGCCCUGUACACAGCAUAUCAGCUCUUCAAGGACCACAGAGCUCCAGCGGUGGGUUUCUUUCUGCUCGGUCUCUCCUCAGGCCUCUGCACCCUGCCUCUCUCCUUCAGCCCAUACCUGACCUCUGUACAGGAGGACCUGGAGUGGGCCGGCGAGGUCCUGGCUCCACCGCUAGUCUCCUUCGGCUUCCUGUGGCUCAGCGAAGACCGCACCACAGCCAACACCCUCCUUAUUGGCUCAGCUCUCCUCCCGGUGCUCUGCGAUUGGCUGUCAGCGGACGAGUUGAUGCUGAUGUCACGCUGUCUGGCGCUCUCUGCCGUCUCCUGCUCGCUCACUGUGUGUCUGUUUGCGGGAAACGCUGUCGGGGCCCUGGGCAGUGUGGCCCUCAGCCUGCCCCAAAUGGUGGCCCCCAGGGUGGGGGUCAAGACUCUGGCUCCCCUUGUCUCUCCAGGGGCCACUGUGGGACUGCUUAAGUGGCUCCUGAAGGGCUCCAUUGCUGUAGGGUGCUGGGCCUCUGAGAAGGCACUUAGCAAGUACCUGUUGGAACUGAAGGACCUGGACUCCCCAUUUUAACUUGUUACCACUGUAACUCAGGGUUUCCCCAAACUCAGUCCUCAGGACCCCGGGGUUUCCUUUCUUUCCUAAGCACUACACCGCUUAUUCAAAUAAUCAACUAAUCAUCAAGCUUUGUAGUGUUUGGGCAAAAACCAAAAGGUGCACCCCUUGGAGUCCCGAGCAUGGAGUUUGGGAAACUGUAACAUCACUGUAACAGUUACUGACUGUCUGAACAGUUCAAUAGUCCCUCACACAUGAUCAUGACUGAUUGUUAAGUUGAUGUGGUCUCAUGAUGUGCACAUAGAGCUGCUGACAGAAGAGAACCAGAUGGAGGGUCUAUUUAUUUUGUCCUGCAGGGCCUUGCCUCAUAGAAGUAGAACGAAUAGAACGGUCUGGAACCUCUGACCAUGGCGAUUUGACUGGUAAAAGUAAUGGGUGCACUCAAAAUGAGCACGCUUGUUCUACGUAUUCUAGCACUGUGGCUUGCCUUUGAUCUGUAGCCAAUAACCUUUCCAAUUCCUACUGGCCAAUGACCUUUCCAAUUCCUAUUGGCCAAUGAGCUUUCCAAUUCCUACUGGCCAAUGACCUUUCCAAUUCCUACUGGCCAAUGACCUUUCCAAUUCCUACUGGCCAACGACCUUUCCAAUUCCUACUGGCCAAUGACCUUUCCAAUUCCUACUGGCCAAUGACCUUUCCAAUUCCUACUGGCCAAUGACCUUUCCAAUUCCUACUGGCCAAUGACCUUUCCAAUUCCUACUGGCCAAUGACCUUUCCAAUUCCUACUGGCCAAUGACCUUUCCAAGAGAUUAUCCUUAUAAGGAUGCCAUUCUGCCAAUUUGGAGGUGACAUGAUCCACCAUUGGGACAGAUGGCUGUUGCCAGUGUAUGAGCACUGUCAAGGACGUUGUUCUACUUGUUCAGCUUAUCGUCAUGGCCAGGGGGCUCUGCUCUGUUAUCCAAGUACUGUCAUCUAUGCAAGUCGAAGAAGCACUGGUGUCUAAUUCUAAAAAUGUAAACAUUAUUGAUGAUAUUAGUAACAGCGGUUAAUAAUAUUUUAUGUGCUAAAAUAUUGAUUUGCUAAAGUAUCAACAAAAGGAGUAGUGCUUGGAUCUAACGCUUGUAUGUACUGAUUGUCAUGGGUCACUAAUACUCCCAACCUCUUCCACUCCGCAUGUUAGAAAGUCUAACUCAUCUCUGGAUGUUGAUUUACAGGACAGUGUCAUUACCAAUUGGCUAUAAAAGAUUCUAUCUGCUUACUCUGUGAAAAUAUCCUCCCAACGGUGACUCUAUGAGGAGGAUGGAAGUGCCUUCCAGACAUUUACUACUGUCUAUGUCUAUGAGGGUGCCUCCCAAAUAUCACCCUAUUCCCUAUGUAGUGCACUACUUUUAAUCAGAGCCCAUUUUGCCUCCCAAAUAUCAUCCUAUUCCCUAUGUAGUGCACUACUUUUAAUCAGAGCCCAUUUUGCCUCCCAAAUAUCAUCCUAUUCCCUAUGUAGUGCACUACUUUUAAUCAGAGCCCAUUUUGCCUCCCAAAUAUCACCCUAUUCCCUAUGUAGUGCACUACUUUUAAUCAGAGCCCAUUCUGGGGAUAGGGUGGCAUUUUGGGGAACACUGGUUGAACCUGGGCUGGCUUGACUUCAGUGUCUUGUCCUACGAUGAGCACCAAACAGCUUGUACUAGACUAUGCUCACUGUGAAGCCAAACAGCUUGUACUAGACUAUGCUCACUGUGAAGCCAAACAGCUUGUACUAGACUAUGCUCACUGUGAAGCCAAACAGCUUGUACUAGACUAUGCUCACUGUGAAGCCAAACAGCUUCUACUAGACUAUGCUCACUGUGAAGCCAAACAGCUUGUACUAGACUAUGCUCACUGUGAAGCCAAACAGCUUGUACUAGACUAUGCUCACUGUGAAGCCAAACAGCUUCUACUAGACUAUGCUCACUGUGAAGCCAAACAGCUUGUACUAGACUAUGCUCACUGUGAAGACAAACAGCUUGUACUAGACUAUGCUCACUGUGAAGACAAUGUCAUUGACAGAAAGGACACGUCUGAGAGCCGAUAGCUUUAGUUGGCCAGGGUACAUGGCCAGGGUACAUGGCCGGGGUACAUGGCCGAGGUA